AUGUGGACGUCAGAGAGGCGUCUGCGGGUACACCGUGCGUGCGAUGGAUGUAAGAAGAAGAAGAAGCAGGAACAAUGCAUCGUCUCCAGUGAACCGGUCUCGAAGAAUGAGGAACAGCGCCCUUCCACCAAUCAAUCGAGGAUCAAGUCCCCAAAGAGGAAAUUUCAACCGCUCGAACCCGCUCCCUCUAAACCAGAGACCCCCGCGCCGCUAGAUCUCCCAGAUGAAAAUGAACUACCCAAGGACCCCGCCGCUGAGGACGAGACCCCGAUACAAAACGCUGGACGUUUACUACAAGAUGGCGGUGGACGGUUGUUGUAUGUGGGCGACUCAGCAGCUUUAUCAUUCCUUCAGAGUAUAAGGAGGCUUGUCGAGGGCAGCUUAGGUGCGUCCCCCUUUACGACGGACCCGAAUCGCCACAAACUUGUCGAGGCAUCGAUCUCGACGCCGCCUGGAUAUCGGCAUUCUUGCGUCCUGCCAGAUCUUGAGACCGCGCGUUAUCUGACCGAUUCCUUCUUCGACAACACAGUAGGCCUGGUUGAGAUAUUCAAUCGUGUUGCAUUUACAACUAGGCUUCUUGAGUCUUACAAUAAUCCUUUAGACGCGGAUCCUCAGUGGUUGUGCCAGGUAAAUCUGGUCUUUGCGGUCGGGAUGCAAAUGCGCAGAGGCAAACCUUCACCCUUCUCUCCGGAGGGCAAGAUACUCGAACGACUCGAGGCUCGCGGUGUCAAGAGGGCCGAGAUCUUCUACUUGACCGCAAAGGAGCUCAAGGAUCCGGCUUGUGACCUUGAAGAUGGGAAUUUUGGAGCAGUUCAAUCCCUCUUGCUGAUGACUAUUUUCAUGUUGACCGCGGCAAAACGGAAUACGGCGUGGGCCUUCUUAGGUAUGGCAGUAAGAUUGGCAUAUGCCCUUGGCAUCCACAAGGAAGAAACUCUUUCCAUAUUCCAUCCAAUAGAGCAAGAUACCCGCCGCAAGUUAUGGCAGUCUUUAUACAUCAUGGACUGUUUCCUAUCUGCGAGUUUAGGCAGGCCAAGUGCUAUUACCUCCGGGUGCGUCUCCGAGUUGUGCCCUACCACAUCACUGAAUCAAUCAACGGAGGAAAACAUCCAUACUAUCGACUUGCUCGCCUCCACCGACGCAUCCAAAAUCACAGGUGAAAUUCUCACUCGCGUCUACCAUAAACGCAAGGCUUCUCGUUCCAUCGCCUACGCCCUAUCGUUGCGCUUCAGCGAAUGGAUGAAAGAGCUUCCGAUGAGACUACACUGGAGACAGAUCUUACUUGAGCCUGAGAACCCGCAACUGACAUUAAAGCGUCUCCAUAUCAACUUGAUUUACUUUCACGGAGUUAUCCUUCUUACCAGACCAUUUCUUCUAUACCAGAUUAGUCUACAGCUCAAGCGGACUACCAACCCACCCACCACAUCAACACCUGAACCGCAAGAGCAAAACGGGCACAGCGGAAACGGGAAGCCCGAGCAGAUGUUUUGCUUCCAUGGUGCUUGCGUUCGCUCAGCAAUCCACACCAUCACUGCGGUGCAUGCUGCAUUUAUGUCGGAUGCGCUCCCAAAGAGAGAUCCAUUUGUAAUAUACUACCUCUUCUCAGCGACCCUCGUCAUCUUGGCCAACACGUUCUGCUGCGUAUAUUACGAGCAUGACAGCGAAACAGCCACCCACAUGGCCCUGAAAGUAUUCGAGUUCUGCGCCGAAGCCGACCUCCAAGCUCGCCGCUACUACGCGAUCCUCAAAUCGUUCAACGACACACUACAGGCCAGCCGCACGUCGACGCUGUCUGUCAGCGGGGCUCCAGAUCGCCGGAGCAUCUUCAACGUCCUAUUCGGCAGUGGGAACAGCCAGACGGAUAUCGACCUGGCAGCCGCCGAGAACAUCCUGUUCCCGGGCCCGCUGGGAGAGAUGGGGGUAAACCGUACAGCGGCAUCGGUGCAGAGGGACGGCCACCAAUAUGACAACAUGGGGACGAAUAAGAUGGAGCUGGAUGUCCCAUGGCCGGUGACUCUCCCUGAGGGAUCCAAGGACGCGAUUAAUUUCCAUGAUAUCUGGUGGUCUGGAGGUCAGGAUAACUUCACGCUGGAAAACGAUGUCCAGAUUCCUCUCUAUGGGCUGUUGGAGAAUCCCUGA